AUGUCUGGUCCUGACGUUAAAAUUAAAUUGAUUAAUUGCGUACGUAAAUAUCCAGGAUUGUACAAACCCUCGUAUGAAAUGUAUCGAAACCGUAAUUACGCAAUUACAGCUUGGGAAAAAAUUAUGAAAGAGUGUAACAUUGAAUCUAUCACGAAAGCCAAAGAUAUGUGGGCAAGUCUCCGUAAGUCGUACACCGGUCAUUUGAAAGCACCUGGAGAGAAAAAAGCACCAAAAUACUUUGAAGAAAUGAAUUUUUUACGUCAAUACAUUCCUGAGACAGCUGCUGAUGGAUUCGAUGAUGAUGAGCCGGUUAAAUUGAAAGCUGUACCAAAACCAAAGCCCCAGAAAGCCCAGACUGUAGUUAAAGCUGGAGCCCUAAAGAAAAAGCAACCUGCUGAACCUAAAGAGGAUGCUAAAAUCCCAGAUGAUUUGAAGUUAUUCUUUGAUUCUAUGUACGCUGCGACUAAAAAACUGCCUUACUCUAUUCAGCGUCACGUGAGAAACCAAGUCUUCGAAAUCCGUUCAAUACUGCCAAAAUUAUGUCAGUUUAAAAAUUAUUUUAAUAUUCAUAUUGGAUUUUCAUUAACUGAUUUUAUAAUUCGACUUUUUAUUUUGAUUAAUUUAAUUGUUAAUUAUUAA